AUGAAAGUGCACACCUUGGAGGAGCUGCACUGCAACAACUGCUUCGGCGACCUAGACACCAAGAAGUCCUCCGUGCACCGCAAGCACGAGACGUCCCGCAAAGAGGAGGAAAACAAGUCCCGCUUACCUGCGCUCGAAGCCGCCUACACCAGCAUCCUCCACGAGCUCGGGGAGGACACGGACCGACAGGGGCUGCUGCGCACGCCGCUACGCGCCGCCAAGGCCAUGCAGUUCCUCACCAAGGGCUACCAUGAGAACAUCCACGACAUUUUAAAUGAUGCCAUAUUUGACGAAGACCACGAUGAGAUGGUGAUUGUGAAGGACAUAGAUAUGUUUUCACUGUGUGAACAUCACCUGGUGCCCUUUUAUGGCAAGGUUCACAUCGGGUACAUUCCCAACAAAAAAGUGGUGGGACUAAGCAAGCUGGCAAGGAUUGUGGAGCUCUUCAGUCGGAGGCUCCAAGUUCAAGAGCGUCUGACCAAGCAGAUUGCCAUGGGAAUAUCAGAGGCCCUGCAGCCAAAAGGUGUAGCUGUGAUUAUUGAAGCAGUGCACAUGUGUAUGGUCAUGCGUGGCGUCCAGAAGAUGAACAGCCGCACAAUGACGAGCGCCAUGGUGGGACUUUACCUCGAAGACCCCAAAACCCGGGAGGAGUUCCUGACCCUUUCAAAGCACACUUAA